GCUGCCUCCAUGGAGAAGCUGGAGAAACAGCUCAUCUGCCCCGUCUGCUUGGAGAUGUUCUCAAAGCCCGUGGUCAUCCUGCCCUGCCAGCACAACCUCUGCCGCAAGUGUGCAAACGACAUCUUCCAGGCUGUUAACCCUCUGUGGCAGUCCCGUGGAUCCUCCAGCGUGCCGGCCAGCGGGGGUCGCUUCCGCUGUCCAUCGUGCCGCCAUGAGGUGGUGCUGGACCGCCAUGGAGUUUACGGCCUGCAGAGGAACCUGCUGGUGGAGAACAUCAUAGACAUCUACCAACAGCAGGAAAACAGGCCUGUAAAGUCUGAGCAGCAGCAGCAGCAGCUGAUGUGUGAGGAACACGAGGAGGAGAAGAUCAACAUCUACUGUCUCUCCUGCGAGACACCAACCUGCUCCAUGUGCAAAGUGUUUGGACAGCACAAGGACUGUGACGUCGCGCCGCUCAGCAGCGUCUACAAGAGACAGAAGACGGAGCUGAGUGACGGCAUCGCCAUCUUAGUAGCCAGUAAUGACCACAUCCAGGCGAUCAUCUCUCAGAUGGAGGAGGUCUGCCAGACCAUAGAGGAGAACGGUCGACGACAGAAGGAGCAGCUGGUCGACCGUAUUGACAGCCUGGUGGCCAUCCUGGAGGACAGGAAGAGGGAUCUGGUGGGCCUGAUUGCCAAACAACAGGACGAGAAGCUCAAAUACGUACGCUCCCUCAUUCAUCGGCACGGUGAUCACCUGGAGGCGGCAGUCAAGCUGGUUGAGUCGGCCAUACAGUCCAUGGAGGAACCGCACAUGGCUUUGUUUAUGCAGAGUGCCAAGGCGAUAAUGGAAAAAAUCGGAACUACAGCCAAGGCACAUAAGGUGGAGCGUCCAGAGGUGGGUUAUGAGAGUAUGAGCCACUUCAACAUCAACACAGACGAUGUUGCUGAAAUGCUCAGGAACAUGGACUUCUGCUCAGGCUUGGGGGAUGAUGGAGAAGAGGAUCCAGAGGAAGGAGGAGGGGAUUCAGAACCUGACUACUGCUCCAGAUAUUAAGACAAAGAGCCCUCCAAGGCAGGGCCUUCACGAGUUUUGGCCAUUUAAAACCAGUUUCUUAGAUCUAGAAUAGAUUUAUGUAGGUCAUGUCCCUCUGAAAUGGCAAAAGUGAUUUAGCCUAGCACCUUUGUAAUGUGUCACGUUCAACUGUUCUUUAUGAGGCAAAAAUAUUUCAAACCAGUGGCGUGAAGCUUUGAAACAUCUCAGACUG